GUCUGUGACUGCUCAGGUCUCGCGGGAGGGGCUGAGCUCGUGCCCAGGAAGCAUGGCACUCUGGCGGGCAUACCAGCGGGCCCUGACUGCUCACCCGUGGAAAGUACAGGUCCUGACAGCUGGGUCUCUGAUGGGUCUAGGUGAUGUUAUCUCACAGCAACUGGUGGAGAGGAGAGGUCUGUGGGAACACCAGACUAGCCGGACUCUGACCAUGUUCUCUCUGGGCUGUGGCUUUGUGGGCCCUGUAGUAGGAGGCUGGUACAGGGUUUUGGACCGGCUCAUCCCUGGUACCACCAAAGUGGAUGCACUAAAGAAGAUGCUGUUGGAUCAGGGGGGCUUUGCCCCGUGUUUUCUAGGCUGUUUCCUCCCACUGGUAGGAGCAGUCAAUGGAUUGUCAGCCCAGGAUAAUUGGGCCAAACUCCAGCGGGAUUAUCCUGAUGCCCUCAUCACCAACUACUAUCUCUGGCCUGCUGUGCAGUUAGCCAACUUCUACCUGGUCCCCCUUCAUUACAGGUUGGCUGUUGUCCAGUGUGUUGCUGUUAUCUGGAACUCCUACCUGUCCUGGAAGGCACAUCAGCUCUAAGCCUGCCUCUCUCCGUUGUUUCCGCCUUGCAGUGAUGCUGAUUGGCUCAGGAAUGGUCAGACAACCUCCUCAAAGUGGGCACAUCAGUUUUCACAGGGUCCAUUUGCUAGUCAGAACUUAAUGGGGUUAACACCAUGAAGUGGCCCAUUUCACUCCAAAAUGUAAACUGAUUCCUUUUGAAAUCAGUAAAACCUUUAUAAUGGUCUUAUAACCCAUCACAUCCAUAAAUAUUUGUUGAACCAGAUGAUCUUGUCAACUUUAGUUUACACUCAUAUCCUGGCAAAUGCCACCCAUCCCCACUUUUCGUAGACACAUCUGUUUCUCUAACCCUUCCCAGCCCUAGUGUAACUCCAGUUCUUUGGGGGCUCCCUCAAACUCUUUAUAUCAUGCCUCCAUAAAUAUGUUAUUAAGUAUGUAAUCUGGAACCUGCAGAGGCAAUGAGUAAGACUAACAGAAACCUAUUGGAGAGUCAAAAUUUCUAGAGCUGGAAAGAAGCCUAGAGACCACCAAGCCCAAUCUUCCUUUACAGAUGAGGACAUUGAGGUCCAUAGAAGCGAAGUGACUUGUCCACAUCAUGACUUAGUGGCAGAGUAGAAACUUGAACCCAAGUGCUAAAGAGUGAAUGUUUGAAUACCCCCCAAAUUCAUAUGGUGAAAAGCUAAUGCCCAAGGUGAUGGUAUUAGGAGGUCGGCCUUUGGGAGGUGAUUAGGGCAUGAGGGCAGAGCCCUCAUGGGAUUAAUACCCUUAUAAAAGAGGCUAUGUUUGGACACAGCAAGUAGGUGCCAUCUAUGAACCAGAAAGCAGGUCCUCACCAGACACUGAACCUACCUGUGCCAUGAUCUUGGACUUCUCAGCCUCCAGAACUGUAAGAAAUAAAUGUCUGUUGUUUAUUAGUCACCCAGUUUAUGCUUUUUUUUUUUUUUAGAGCAUCUCGAAUGAACUAAGAUGCCAUGUUUCCUUAUUUCCUACCCAGUGAUCUUAACCUGGAGAUCAAAGAUAUAAAAAUGCUGCUUCUCUGAUUCCCAGGAAAGUGUUAACUUGUCUAAACUACCACUUUGGGACAAACUCAGAAACAGAUGGACCAGCCUUUUGUGGUCUGAAAGCACCCUGAGGCCAGAGACCCUCUUUUUAGGGUGCCUCAGUCAGACAGCUCUAGAGUUUAGAUCCUGGAGCUGGAAUAAGGUCAAGAAUCCUGGCAGACUCAGGCUGCCUCAGCUGCCUCUUGGGGAGUACCAAGGGGCAGCUGAGUGCCAGCCGUGUGUUCCUGAUCGUCUCAGUUUACAGAACGCAUAGCUGGGGCAAGAGACUGGGUCUGAGCAGCACGGCAUUCUCCCAAUGUCUCUGGCCCCUUCUAGAGGCAGAGGACAGGGUCAGCACCACGGACAGCCCCGCGGUUCAGCCUCCCUUUCGUGUACCAGAGAAGACUGGAGAUCUGGACUAGUCUAGUCCGGGGACCGGCCCUCCAGUCACUGCUGGCUGUUCUAAGCGGGUGAAGGACUUUCGUGGCUCCCAGAGCAAUCUUUACACUCCAGCCAGCCUCACGCCCCCUUGAGUCUGGUGUUGCUUCCAGCGCUAGCCCCAAAGACGCGAAGUCUCGUGUCCUGUGGCGUGCCCCUCGGGGUCUCGCAACUGGCUGGAGUGGAAGCUGCGGCCGUCAUUGCUCUACAGUCAGUGCAUGUUCCUCGCUGACGUCAGUCGGAGCUGUCCUGGCACUAUAAAAGGCUGGCGGCGGUCCCAGGACAGACCCCAGUUCCCCAAGGCGCCCUCAGCCCGCCCCGAGGGACGAGACUGGAGCUCCGUCCUGCACCGUGCAGACGCUCUCCGGCAACCCGUGAGUGACUCGGAGCGUCCGCCCGAGAUUCCUUAGCACCAGGACCCUGCUGCGCUCAGCUCACCCACCGAGACCCGCCAAGAGGGAGGGAGGGAGAAAAGGGUGGCACAGGACUGGGCAGCGGCUGGGGCUGGAGGGAAGGCUGUGGGCACCGGGAGGCAGCCGCAGGGGCCCGGCGAGAGCACUGGACGUGCACCGGAAGGAGGGUGGCGCCACUUGCGACUGUCCCAGGCGCACCUCACCCUGCGCUGCCCCUGUGUAUCCAGGGCCGGUGGCACCAUGA